GAACAGCUUCUCUGUGACACGAACCGCUCAAAUCAAAGCGUUUUUUCACCUGCAUUGUAUCAUUUACAACGCUUCUUUGGAUCUUCUAUCACUUUCGUCUACUCUUGGAUCUUCUGAUUCGCUCUCAUGAGUCGCUACGAUACCUCCUACGACGUUGGAGUCAAUCCUUUCGCGGAGACUGGUGUCUCCCCUGCAAACUCAAGGCUUACACCCCUGCCUUCUGAACCCUAUGAUCGUGGUGCGACAAUUGAUAUUCCUCUUGAUUCUGGAAAGUUCCAGGAUCUAAAAGCAAAGGAGAAGGAGCUCCAAGCUAAAGAGGCUGAACUGAAGAAGAUGGAACAGGAACUGAAACGGCGAGAAGAAGCAAUAUCACGUGCUGGAGUUGUAAUAGAAGAGAAAAAUUGGCCACCAUUUUUCCCUCUUAUCCAUCAUGAUAUCGCAAAUGAAAUACCAAUCCAUCUACAAAAGACACUGUAUGUUGCAUUCACGACAUUUUUGGGUUUGGCUGGUUGUCUUGUGUGGAAUUUUAUUGCUGUUACCAUAGGCUGGAUCAAAGGGGGAGAUAUAACAAUUUGGUUUCUUGCUAUCAUCUACGGCUUAGCGGGGAUUCCUGGAUCAUAUGUGUUGUGGUAUCGCCCUCUUUAUCGUGCUAUGAGGACUGAUAGUGCUCUGAAGUUCGGGUGGUUUUUCAUCUUUUACAGUUUGCACAUAGCAUUUUGUGUCUUUGCUUCAGUAGCUCCUCCAAUUAUUUUCAGGGGAAAAUCUCUUACAGGUAUUUUGCCUGCAAUAGAAGUUUUGAGCGAAAAUGCGUUUGUUGGGGUAUUCUACUUCGUUGGUUUUGCAUUCUUCGCCAUUGAAUCACUUAUCAGUAUCUGGGUUAUUCAGCAAAUCUACAUGUACUUCCGAGGCAGCGGCAAAGCUGCGGAGAUAAAGCGUGAGGCCAUGAUGGCAGCUCUAUGAGAUGGGACACGGACCUUACUCGUCGGAUAAUACUAAGCUGGACUAGUCCAAGAGAUUUUAUUACUUCAAAUUUAAUUUCUAUAUAACUUUUUGCAUGUUUAACUCUCUGUCGAGACGCAGGCUCUAUGCCCCACUUUUCCACUGGCUUAUUUAGGCUCUGCUGUAACUUGGCUUGCCCUCGAAUGUAGUAAGAAAUCCAUAAUGCUUGAAUUAUUGGA